GAAUGAGUCCCCGAAAAAUAAAACCACAUAAACAGGCGAGCGUAUGUAGCAGAGCGAAAGCCACCCACCAGCUCAGAUCAGCAGCAGCAGCAGCAGCACCCCCUAUUUCUCCGUUCUCUUUGUUUUUACACUCUUUCUAUGCAAUUUCCUCCCCCCUAAAUUUCAGGCUUUUAUUCUUGUCCCUAUCUUUCUAGUCCAUUCUUUUGUUAGAACACUCUGAUUACCCAUUUCAGGACUUCUUCACUUUUCCUCAUCAUUCCUCUCUGUAUUUUACAUUUCAUCUUAAAGGAUCUGUAAUUUCCCUGAUUGUUUUUUCUUUUUUUCCAUUUUCUUUCCCACUUUUGUUUUCUUGGGUCUCAUCUUAUCUCUCUGUACCUGACUAUUCAACCCCCCCUAUUUUUUUCUUUCCACAAUUUACAUUUAUUAUUUGUUUUCAAUAGGCUCAGAAGAGAUUUUUAGCUCAAUACAUCAAAGUCUCAAACUUCCUGGGGAUGCGGAAAGUGUCUUUAAAAAAAUUCCCCCUUUUGUUAUAAGUUUUGAAUCCAACCCUUGUUUCACCAAAUCUUUUUUCACCCAUUUUGUUUGCAGCCUCUCCUCACCUAAUCUCAAGCACCCAGGUCCACAAAAUGGACCAUUUCACGGUUUCAGACUAGUGGAUAAUUUUUCUUAUUUGACAAGGUCCUUCCUUUUUCCAAUUCAAAAGACAACCUAGUCUGAACACCGAAGCCACGCCAAACCCCCUUUGUUGUUGUGGGCUAUCUUUCAUUCUUUCUUGAUCUGGCACAAGAAAAAAUGUAUGGAACCAAAAGCAAAAUAGACCUUGCCUUUGAAUACCAAUCCCAAGUUGCAGUUUUGAGGCCCAGCAUCCAUUCCAGGAGAGCAAAUCUGACUGUGAAAUUCCAAGACCUUUAUGGGUUCACAGUUGAAGGGAAUGUGGAUGAUGUGAAUGUGUUGAAUGAGGUAAGGGAGAAAGUGAGGCAACAGGGAAGGGUUUGGUGGGCAUUGGAGGCCAGCAAAGGGGCAAAUUGGUAUUUGCAAACAACCAUAGGGCAAGGCAGUGCCCUCACAUCCUCAUUGAAAUUCUCAGCAAUGGCUAAUGCUAUAACUUUGAAGAAGUUGAUCAGGAAGGGGAUACCCCCAGUUCUUAGGCCUAAGAUUUGGUUUUCCUUGUCAGGGGCAGCCAAGAAAAAGUCCACCGUGCCUGACAGUUAUUAUGAUGAUUUGACCAAAGCAGUGGAAGGGAAGGUCACCCCUGCUACCCGGCAGAUAGAUCAUGAUCUACCCAGAACCUUCCCUGGUCACCCAUGGCUGGACACUCCUGAGGGACAUGCUGCUCUCAGGCGUGUUCUUGUUGCCUAUUCUUUCCGUGAUUCUGAUGUUGGGUAUUGUCAGGGAUUAAAUUAUGUUGCAGCAUUGUUGUUGCUUGUCAUGAAGACAGAAGAAGAUGCAUUUUGGAUGCUUGCUGUCUUGUUGGAAAACGUCCUGGUUAACGACUGUUACACAAACAACUUGUCGGGAUGCCAUGUGGAACAAAGAGUGUUUAAAGAUUUACUUUCUAAAAAAUGUCCAAGGAUUGCGACUCAUUUGGAAGCUUUGGAAUUUGAUGUCUCCCUUGUUACCACGGAGUGGUUCCUUUGCCUCUUUUCGAAAAGCCUGCCUUCCGAGACAGCUCUUCGCGUAUGGGAUGUUAUCUUCUAUGAGGGUGCUAAGGUUAUAUUUAACGUGGCCUUGGCAAUCUUUAAGAUGAAGGAAAAUGAAUUAGUUCUAACCCAUCAUGUUGGCGAAGUAAUCAAUAUUCUGCAGAUGACCACCCAUCACCUAUUUGAUCCAGACGAUCUAUUGACAGUGGCAUUUGACAAGAUAGGUUCCAUGACAACAAAUACCAUAUCAAAGCAAAGAAAGAAGCAAGAACCUGAAGUGAUGAAGGAGCUUGAUCAGAGGAUCAGAAGGCUAAAUUCCCUUAGAAUGGAGGACAAAUAGCAUUUGCUUUUUUGUCUUUUGGUUUUUUUUUGUUUUUUUUUUGGGUACGCACGUUGCUUCCAAAGUCUAAAUGUCGUCCUCCACUGCCUCGAGCAGAAUGCAGAAUUAUGCAUUACCUUAAAUUCUUCUCUCCCUCGGGGCAUGCCACAACACAAGCCCUGUUCAUUUUCAGGAUGUUUGUUUGUAGGUCAUAAAGUGUAAAUGUGGAUAUGGACACAUCAUAAACUAUUAAUUAAUGUUAUAAUGUGUAUCAACAUCAAAUUUCACUGCUGU